UUACGACAGUUGCUUUGUGGCAGCGCCGGAGGAGGAAGAUGGCGGCCACCUUAGUAGCGGCUCGGGGAGCGGGGCCGGCACCGGCCUGGGGGCCAGAGGCCCUAGCCCCGGACUGGGAAAACCGGGAAGUCUCCACAGGGACCACAAUUAUGGCUGUGCAGUUUGACGGGGGCGUGGUCCUGGGGGCCGACUCGAGAACAACCACGGGGUCCUACAUCGCCAAUCGAGUGACUGACAAGCUGACUCCCAUUCAUGACCACAUUUUCUGCUGCCGCUCGGGCUCAGCAGCUGAUACCCAGGCAGUCGCUGAUGCUGUCACCUAUCAGCUUGGUUUCCACAGCAUUGAACUGAAUGAGCCCCCCCUGGUACACACAGCAGCCAGCCUCUUCAAGGAGAUGUGUUACCGGUACCGGGAAGACCUGAUGGCAGGGAUCAUCAUCGCUGGCUGGGACCCUCAAGAAGGUGGACAGGUGUACUCCGUCCCCAUGGGGGGUAUGAUGGUGCGGCAGUCCUUUGCCAUCGGAGGCUCUGGGAGUUCAUACAUCUACGGCUACGUGGACGCCACCUACCGGGAAGGCAUGACCAAGGAAGAGUGUCUGCAGUUCACUGCCAACGCUCUCGCUUUGGCCAUGGAGCGGGACGGCUCCAGUGGUGGGGUGAUCCGCCUGGCAGCCAUCGCCGAAUCAGGGGUGGAACGCCAGGUGCUUCUGGGAGACCAGAUACCCAAAUUCACCAUUGCCACUUUACCACCCCCCUGAACCCUGGAAUUCUAGAAUGCAGUAGGAGACACACCAUACAGAUAGGAAGUUUAAUAAACACUUUGUCAAAGAGA